AUGGGUUUGGCUUCGAAUACGGUUAUGGCAUCAAAAUGCUUCAAAUGUCCCACCUUUCUAUCUGGACGUUGCCUAGGGAAGGGUUCACCUAGCAGGAGUAGACGACAAUUAGCAACAGAUGCAACCCCUUUCACGCGACGAGACAAACAGGAAGGGGAUAUAUCAUCCGUUUUCACAACGUUCUCUGGUAGGAAGGCUCAGCCACUGUCGGAGAGGUUUCGCGACCUGAAGCGCAAUCUCACCGCUGGCUUUGAGGAUGAGAUCCAGAGAUCAUGGGAUAAUCUAGUUGAGGUUCUGAAAGCUCGAACCGAGGAAGUGGCAACCAAACGAGAUUCUAUUAUCCCACAAAUCAAUUUCACAGACAUUCGAACAGGUUCCGUACAUCCAUCAAAUAUAGACGCCAUUCGCCGAACUGGCGUCGCUGUUGUUCGUGGAGUUAUUCCAAGAGAUCUCACUGAGACACUGCUGGCUGAAGUUCGCGAAUACUUUGCAGUGAACACGUUCAAGGGAUUUCCUUCCAAUGCAGACAAAAAGGUUGUUUAUGAGUCUUACUGGAGUCCAUCUCAGGUCAAGGCCAGGUCACAUCCUAAUAUGCUUACUACACAAUCCUGGAUGAGCCAGCUAUAUACUGCUGGUGUGAACCAGAAAGUUGACUUGACAACUCCACUCUCCUAUUGCGACCGAGUGCAAAUUCGCCCACCGGGCGAUAAACAAUUCUCACUGUCCCCUCAUGUGGAUGGUGGUGGAGUGGAAAGGUGGGAGGAUGCAGCUUAUAACCAUGUCUAUCGCAAGAUUUUUCAGGGAAAGUGGCAAGAGUACGAUCCAUGGGAUCUAUCCGGUAGACUUGAUGCAAAUAUGAAUAUGUACGACGGUCCUGGUGGCUGCUCGGUAUUCCGGACAUUCCAAGGCUGGCUUGGAUUGUCUCAACACGGUCCUAAUCAGGGAACAUUGGUUGUCCAUCCAAUCUUACAGCCCUCUACUGCAUAUUGGAUGCUCCGGCCAUUCUUCAAGCCCACUCGAAAAGGAUCCUUAGAUGGGUGGAAGUUCUCCCUUGAUGAUGAGGACGGCAAUAUUCUCCUUCAUGGAGCAAAUCCUGGAACCGCCCAAGAACAUAACCCUGAUAAUCAUCCUCAUUUAAUGCUAAGCGAAACCAUGAUACCAUACCCAACAGUAGAGCCUGGCGAUACUGUUUUCUGGAGCGCAGACACCAUCCAUGGCACAGAGCCUGAGAAUACAGGCAAUGAAGAUGCUUGUGUUUUUUAUAUUCCCUCUGUGCCAUUGACCCCGAGUAAUGCUCAAUACAUAGCACUACAGCGGGACUCUUUCCUGAAAGGAGUUCCCCCUCCCGAUUUCCCAGGUGGAACUGGCGAGUCUACUUUCUCCGACAGAGCGAAAGUCGAGGACGUUGUAGGCGAAUCUGGUAGAUCCGCAAUGGGGUUAAGUCCACUCAAAGUGGAUGGGCAGGGUGGAAAGCAGGAAGCACUCACGAGAGAGGUCAACAACAUUCUCGGUUUCUAG